GGGCAAGGCUGUAGUGCUGUUACGCGGAAGCUAUUCAAAGCUUGGCGUUGAAAAAUCUUGAAAAACAACAAAAAAUUUUGUAACAAACCAGCUCAGUUUUUCUCAAUGUUCCGGACGGCGAUUAGUGGUGGAUCAAGCGCGAGGCUCUUCUUGCCACCGCACCGUUUAUUUCCUUUCUGCUCGAUUUGGUUAGCUGUACAGCGCUUAGGACGACACAGUUGAUUAGUUCCCCCCCCCCUUUUUUGGCCGCUUUUUGCUGUUCCCUAACGGGGGUUCUUUUUUGCUUUUAUUUGAUUCGUUCACAGUGAACCUAAUCAAGUUUCAGAAAAGAAACAAUUGAAUUUGAAAUUGCUUUUGACCAUCGUCAUGCAGCUGUUUGUGUCGUCCGAAACGAGCGGAGUGGGUGGCGGUUGGGACGAUCGUAUCGUUGCGCUGUUCAACCAAACAAUGUCGAACGAAACGAGUUGGCCCACUGACGAAGAAUUCCUUCUGAUGAUGACCAACAAUCUAAGUGCCGUGACGACCGGAAUCUCCAGCUCGUCGUCAUCACCUCCGGCCGCUAAGCUCUACUGCGGCGAAGGAUUGGAAGCUUUCCGAAGAUCGUACCUGAUCAUGCACGGCUACAUCAGUCUUGUUGUCUGUCUCUUUGGAAUGCUGGCCAACACGCUCAACAUUAUCGUCCUGACGCGGAUGGACCAGCGCAUUUCGCCGACCAACGCCAUCCUGACGGGCCUGGCCCUGGCCGACAAUUUGGUCAUGAUCGAAUACAUCCCGUUCACGUUCCACAUGUACAUCUUGCGCGAGCGGCCCAUCUACGAAAAGUUCAGUUACCCCUGGACCGUCUACGUCCUGAUUCAUGCUCACGUCACCCAAGUCUUUCACACCAUUUCCAUUUGGCUGACGCUCUUGUUGGCCGUCUGGCGCUACCUGUCCGUCGCGCACCCGCUGAGGUCGCGCGACUGGUGCACACUCGACCGGGCACUUUUGGCCAUUCUGCUGGCCUACGUCUGCUCUCCGUUGGUCUGCAUCCCGCUCUACUUGACGUACACGAUCCAAGAGCAGCCGUAUCGGUCGCCGGCCAAUAGUUUCACGGUGAACGGGACGGGCAUUUCAUCGACGGACGUGCCGAUGAAUCACACGCUGUACGUCCUUGGAACGAGCGAACUGGCCAGGGCCAACGAGAGCCUCCUGGAGAAUAUCAAUUUCUGGACGUACAGCGUUGUCGUCAAGCUCAUCCCCUGUGUGGCAUUGACUUUCUUUAGUUUCCGGCUGAUUAGCGCGUUGGUUAGCGCCAAGGAACGCCGUCAGAAUCUUAAGAGCAGCAACGCGAAUUCGUCGAAGAAGAACCUUCCGGCAGGCGGAUGUGAUCCGGAGCGAUCCGUUUCUGGGAUCGAGAGGCACGCACCGUCGACGGGACCAGCGACUGGAAGUGGUUCGGAGAAACACGACCGCACAACGCGGAUGCUGUUGGCCGUUUUGGUCCUCUUCCUGGCGACGGAAUUCCCGCAAGGGAUCCUCGCCCUACUCAGCGGCAUCCUGGGCGACGCUUUCUUCACCAACUGCUACGGACACCUGGGCGAGUUGAUGGACAUUCUGGCCCUGAUUAACGGAGCCAUCAAUUUCAUCCUUUACUGCGUCAUGAGCCGCCAAUUCCGCCAGACUUUCAACCGCAUCUUUCGGCCCCGUUUGCUGGACAAAUGGACAGCCGAUCCACUGUCGGCUGCUCGCGGAUCCAAUUCGUUGGCCAACAACCAGAAUAACAGGCUGACAGUUCGCCCAAUUCCGGCGCAACAGCAACAACAACAACCGCAGCAUUCGAUCGUCAAUCUGCUCAGCCCCGACCCUUGCCCAGUGUGAUUGGCUAAGGAAAAA